UGGAAAUGACCAAAAACAAGAUGAAGUGAUGUCGAAUUUUAAUCAAUUUUUAAGCUGCGUAAGAUGAUAUUUCUGUAGGUUAUGUCUUGUUUUGGUUCCUACAGAUGCUGUAAGUAAUAUGAAAGAUGAUGGGCACAUUUUAUAACAUUACUUCUAAGAAGUAUGUCAGCAACAUACCUUGAACAAUCUGAUACAGUACAAGAACAAAGUGUUAGCUUCAUGGAACCGCUUCAAUCAGCCAUUGACAUGGAUUGCACACUUAUGGACGAUAUUGAUGAAGUCAUAGAAGAAAUACCUAAGAUUAGAUUAGGAAUUUGUGCUAUGAACAAAAAGACAAAGUCCCAGCCAAUGCAGGAGAUCUUGACUCGUAUAUCAAGAUUUGACUUUGUAGAAAUCAUUAUAUUUUCUGAUCAUACCAUUAAAAAUGAACCGAUAGAAAAGUGGCCAAUUUGUGAUGCUCUUAUUUCAUUCUACUCCACUGGAUUUCCUCUAAGUAAAGCAAUGACUUAUGCUGAACUCCGGAAACCUUUUGUACUUAACGACUUGGAAAUGCAAUUCACCUUAAAGGACAGGUGUACAGUGUAUAAUUUACUAGAGUCAGCCGAUAUAGAAAUGCCAAGAUAUGCUCUUCUCCUUAGAGAUGAAAAUGGUAUCCCAAUUGACACUGAAUUUAUAGAACUAGAGGAUUCAAUACAAAUUGGGAAUAAAGUCUUUCAAAAACCAUUUGUUGAAAAGCCAAUAGAUGCUGAAGACCACAAUGUGUUCAUAUAUUUCCCAUCUUCUGCUGGUGGGGGAAGUCAGCGAUUGUUUCGAAAAGUUGGCAGUCGAAGCAGCAUAUACUCUGCAGAAAGCUCUGUAAGRAAGUAUGGUUCUUACAUCUAUGAAGAUUUUGUUCACACAGACGGUACAGAUGUCAAGAUUUAUACAGUAGGACCAGAGUAUGCCCAUGCCGAGGCAAGAAAGUCUCCGUCAUUAGAUGGUAAAGUAGAACGUGACAGUCAAGGCAAAGAAAUACGUUAUCCGGUGAUACUUAAUCCCUAUGAGAAAGAAAUAGCUCACAAAGUCUGCAAGCUUUUUAAACAAACCGUUUGUGGAUUUGAUUUGUUAAGGACCCAUGGCAAGUCAUAUGUUUGUGAUGUCAAUGGCUUUAGUUUUGUUAAAACUUCAAAGAAAUACUAUGAUGAUUGUACACAGGUCCUGGUGAAUAUCAUACUACAACAGUUAGCACCACAGUUGUAUAAACCAUAUGAAAUAGAAACUGACAGUGAGGAUCGAUCCAUGGCAGAUACUUUGGAUGGUACAAUGUUGGAAUUGAGGUGCGUUGUUGGAAUUAUACGUCAUGGAGACAGAACACCAAAACAGAAACUGAAGAUGGAAGUCAGGCAUCCAAAGUUUAUAGAGUUAUUCAAUAAAUAUAGCAAAUCAACCAAAAAGAAAUUAAAGCUGAAACAACCAAAGCAGCUUCAGGAAGUUCURGAUAUYGCUCGCUCCUUACUUGAAGAAAUGGAACAAGGGAAAACAAUGUUUGAAAAAAAUCGUAAGAUUAGCCAGCUUAAGAAUGUUCUGGAGAUGUAUGGUCAUUUUUCUGGAAUCAAUCGUAAAAUUCAGCUCAAAUACCUGGGUCAUGUGCAUGACAAAAGUGACGGUACUAGUGGUGGUGAUAAUGGUGAAGAAAUCCAGACUGACACCAAAGAAGAGGCUCUUUUACUUAUCAUGAAAUGGGGAGGUGAACUUACGCAAGCUGGUAGAGUCCAGGCUGAAGACCUUGGAAGAGCAUUCAGGUGUAUAUAUCCAGGUGGAGAUGGUGCAUAUUCAGGUAUUCCUGGGUGUGGCCUCCUAAGACURCACAGUACRUACCGUCAUGAUCUCAAAAUAUAUGCAUCAGAUGAAGGGCGUGUACAAAUGACAGCAGGUGCCUUUGCAAAGGGAUUUCUUGCACUGGAGGGUGAACUAACUCCUAUUCUAGURCACUUGGUACGCAGUGACAAGAACACGACUGAGAUGUUAGAUACAUCAGAUCAAGCAACCAAGUUUAUGGCCAAAGUAAAGCAUAAGUUGCAUGACUUGAUGGAAGUUGACAGAGACUUUACUGAGGAAGACUUUAACAAGCUGGCACCUACUAAAGCAGCCUCAUUGGUCAAUGCAAUGAAAGAAGUCAAGAAUCCCAGGCAAAUGUGUGCUAAGCUAAGUGGUCUGGUUCAUUCUUUAACAAAACACUUGAAUGAGAUAAAGAGCAGUAAUACUUACAACCCACGUGACCCUUUCCUGUAUCAUGAUGAAACAUUAGAACUCAUGUCGCACCGUUGGAACAAACUAGACAAGGACUUUAAACUCAAGAAUGGCAUGUACGAUAUCAGUUUAAUACCUGAUAUAUAUGACAGCAUCAAGUAUGAUAUGCAGCACANUAGUGUUCUGGGUCUUAGAAAUACUGAAGAGCUGUACAAGUGUGCAAAGGGUUUGGCAGAUAUCGUCAUACCACAGGAAUAUGGAUUAACAAGUGACCAGAAAGUCAAGAUAUCUCAAACCAUCUGCCAGAGACUUUUAAGGAAAAUUCAAGGMGACCUUACUCAUGCUGAUGUAACAGAUACAUUUACUAGACUUAAUCCCAAGUAUUCCCAGAGUGUCAUCUCACCUCACCGUCAUGUUCGCACUCGUCUGUACUUUACUAGCGAGAGUCAUGUGCAUUCUGUUAUUAAUGCCUUGCGAUAUGGAAAUCUGUUUGAGAAUGAGAAAAUAACAGACUUUCAGUGGAARAGAGCUUUAGACUUUCUAGCCAAAGUACCUGAACUGAACUACAUGACUCAAAUUAUCCUAAUGUUGUAUGAAGACCCUAAAGCCGAUGUAUCAUCACCAAAUAGAUUUCACAUUGAAAUACACUUCAGUCCAGGUGCAAAAACAGAGCUUGAAAAAGGCAUCGCUAAUGAAAGAGGAAAAUCAGCAGAACCAAAGAAAUCACGACCAGUAAGUCAAGUCAUGGAAGAAGAUCAAACAAACCAUCCAGAAAAUGUAACUAACACAGGAACGGACAUAAAAUCAUCAUUAAUGAAAGAGGAGCAAACUGMAAUUGCACAAAAUAAAAGUAAAAAUGUACCAUUGGAGGAAAUGUUACCACCUCAAGAUAAGGAAUACAAUGACGAUGGUGCYGAGGUUGAUAAUGAACAUUCUCGAUCUACUAUUGGACGAGAUGGUUUUAAUGAUUCAACAGGUUCUCCUGUCAAUAAUGAARUCUUUCAUGAACCACCACAAGAAGUCMAACCCAGAAGACGCCGUAAGACUGGCCUUGAUARUGAGUUAUAUCGAAUAAUGUCUGAAUCUGAUGCUGAUCAUGAACACUUGCCGUCCCUUGACGAUGGUACCAACAGACAAACCGUGAGUGAGUCUGACAUCUAUGGCCAAACUCCACCACAAGCUGACCAAUCAGAUCAUGCCUUACAAAAGAAUAUGGAUGAUAAGGAAGAUCAUCAUGAUAACCAAUCAAAAAGCCCAAAAGAAAGACCACCUCUCCAGCGUGCUAGGUCCCAGUCCACUUCCUGUCUUGUGGAUGAAAAUAGUGCUGAACAGCCUAGUGAUGAGUCCAAACAAGUUACAUGCUCAGCAAAUACUAAUGCUCUUGAUCUUCAAAUGACAUCAGUAAGCACCAUGCCUACUACAGUCAAGUCUGACAGUGUGGUCCUGGGCAGCAGGCAACAUAACAGUGKGUUGGGAGAAAGGCCCAGUUCCAGUCCAGCAACCAGGAAACCAACCAAGAGAACUCGAUUUAGUACAGUUUGGAGGAAUUCAUCUCCGGAUGGUAUACAAGAUGGUCAUGGUACAUUGUUUUACAUGCCUGCUAUCAGAGCAGUCACUAAGAAGCUGUCAAUGCAAGUCCAUGGUGCGUUUCGYAUUAGACCACCACUUCCAGUCUCUGAUUCAAAUAAACCACCAGGAGUUUUACGAUCAAACUAUAUCAUCUGUGGAAUCAAUUGAUGCUCUCCUUACACUACAUGAUGCCUGCCCACUACGAACUAUGGAUAAAUUCUUGGUUAGAAUGACAGAGGAAGACAAUGAGGAGAGUGAUGUCAGUACUCCUGCUACCACACCCACAAGAAAACACAAAUAUAAGAAAUUAUCAUUUCAGUCGUCAACACAGAAACAUUCACUGGAUCACAAUGAUUCCAUAGUAAGUCUGGAGGCUUUGGAUAUUAAAGAAUCCAAGAGUUAACACUUGUGAGAGGAAUUCUACUUGCUUUGUCUURAUUUAUUCAAGUGGAAUUGUGUAAGCCUACCACUACUAUCCAUUUGUAAUGCCAUGGCAAACUUUAUGUAUAGUUUGUGAAUAGUUGGGUAACGAGGGUUGGGUUAAAUCAACAACUCAUUCAUAAUAACAUUAAUUUUAUUUUUGCAUUUCCUAUUUUCUUCUUGAUAAAUCCAUAAUUAUUAUUAGCAUUUUUACGUAAAAAAUAAACUAUAUGCAUGCAAAUCUGUCAAAGAUUUUGCAGAGAAAA